AGCAAAAUACAAACCGAAAGUAGAAUUUUUGUUGGGCGUUUUUUCAUUUAAAAAAGAUAUUUGUUGGGACUUUUAGGAAACAGGUACCGACGUGUGCUUUUUGACUCUCAUAAUAUAUCGAGAUGUAUCACAUACCUCGCCUGUCAGAAGUGAUAUACGUGGGACUUUGUUAUGAAGUAGGGACUCCUACAGAGGUAAGGAUGAGGAGAGGAGUGACGGAAAUCAUGGAGGCAGUGAAGAGACCUGUGUAUAUUAUGAGAGGAUUAGAUCGAAUAAUGAGCGGGAGUCAACGUGAGGGAUUCAAACUGAGGACUUCUGAUUUUGAUCUGAUGUUAUGGCCUCCAGACCACAAGGUGAUAUGUGAUCCCUCCCAGAUCAGUCUCUACCGUAUUCCACAACACACUGUGAUUCUGAUGGAAUGUGAUGAUCUACCACCGGGAUUUACCAGACUUAAGCUGAUGAGUCAAUCAAAUGACACAGUAACCAAUUCCUCCUGUGUAGUCAUGGGUAAUAAUAUUUACAUUUCAAGUACAUUAUUAAGAGAUAACAAUUUACGAUUCUUAAAAACCUCGAAUUUUCCUCCUGCUGUUCCUCAUGGACCUUGUUCUACCUUUAUCGUACUCCAACAUGCUGAGACUGACUAUGCAUUAUGUUUCCAAUCACAUCACUGGCCUACGUCAGCACUACCAUGGAUACAGAGAUGUCGUGAACGGGGCUGGCCAGAUCAGAAUGUUGUAUCAGAUAUAUUAAGCGGAGGAUUUCAUGUUGUUCCGAUCGGAAGCAAACCUGAAAACGAACUAGAAUGGAGAAUCUCAUUCUCUCAAGCAGAGAAAAAAAUUGUUCAUUCAAUGAAUCAUUGUCAGUUUUUGUGUUAUGGUCUCUUCAAAUUUUUUCUGAAAGAAGUUAUUAAUUGUCAGCCUAAUACAUCUGUUCUGUGCUCAUACUUCAUAAAAACUAUUGUAUUCUGGGUCAUACAGAAAAAUACUUCCUUGUCUUGGACACCAGAUAACUUAUUGUUAUGUUUCUGGGAAAGCUUUAAAUUGCUGAUAUACAUGGUAUAUACUGGGGAAUGUCCAAACUUUUUUAUUCCACAAAACAACAUGUUUAGAGUGAAAGUCACUGGUUCUGUGCAAACCUCACUGUUCAGUCAGUUAUAUGAUUUGUAUUGUAAAGGUAUAUCAUGUCUACUAUUGAGUGAAACAAUUCGACCUUGUCUCAGUAUUGCUAUAUUGAACAGAACAAGUAGAAUCCCUACCCACGAGAACAGUAUUUUAUCAACUACUCAAUUGGAUAUAAGCUUAUUUAGAGAAUUAUAUGCAUUAAAUCAAGAAGUUAAAAGUACUGAGGAUUUUGCAGUUUACAUGAGGCAGAUAGAAAGUUUAAUUAGGAAAAGGCUUACAUCGUAUGAGACAGUCUCUUUACAAUGCAUCACAUCAAAUGUGCUAAGGAAUAUUGCAAUGUACUUAGAGCGUUUAAUGUAUCAAAAUGAAACUCGGAAUAAGGUUUUCUAUAAGGUAAAAGUAUAUACAUUGCUAAAACAGUCUUGUAAGUUUGGAUCUUUAUCUGACAUUCUGUAUCUUGCUAUGUACGUUUACAGAAAACGAAGUUAUGAUGAUUCACUCAGUUGUUUACAUAAAGCACAUGACAGGAUGUCAUUGCCAUAUAUUGUGUAUGACGUUCAUGUUAAUGUAGAAAUGUACAGACACUACAUGGAAAGAAAUACCCCGGGAACUAAGAUGAGGAGAGCUGUAGUGAGAGAUAUUAAGCUAUAUUGUUUGUACACUUACAUAGAUGAACUUGCGUUAGAGCAGAAGAUCAGUAAGAAUCAUGGCAUACCUUUAUUACAAAUCCCACCUCUAGUGAUGUUACACAUGUUGUUUAUACUGAAUCACCACAGACUUGGUGACACAGUCAGGUCACAACAAUCUCUACGUGAUUUACAGACUCUGCUCUAUGACGACGGGGAUUAUGUACCGAAUCCCCUCAGAGAUAUUUCAUUGCAAAUGCUGGGAAUCUGCCAACAAAUAUGUGGGGACUAUAUGGAAUCUCUCCAGUCCUAUCGAUAUUCUUUACAACAAAUUCCAACUCAAAAGCUUCAGGAAGCAACACUGUUUAGAAUAAAUACUAUUCCAAUUUAA